UGGGUGUGUGCAAAUUCUAUUAGUCCUCAGCCCAGGUGAAAGUCCUGUGUGUGAGAGAGACUAUUAGUAUUAGAAUAUUUGGAUCAGCUUCUCGUUACUCAGAAGCAAUUAUGACACUCAGAAGCUACUCACAUAAACUUUUUCACAUAAUUGAUUUUGGCUUUAGAAUAAAUUCCAAACAUGGGCUGUGUAUUGAAGAGCAAAACUAGUGUCAUUUGAGUGUGUGAACACACAUGCCCCCAUAUUGUUUGCUAUUUUGCCUCCAUGAAAGAGGGACAUGAAAGAGGAACUCCAUGCACUCUGCUAAAAAUCCUCUCUGCCUUGUCAUGUGCCAAACUCACAAAAAUGGUGAGCUUCUUGUUUCUAAAGAUAAAACCUUUGCUCUUGGAUUCUUCAGCCCAGGCAAGUCCUCAUCCCGCUACGUCGGAAUCUGGUUCAACAAUUUACCUGAGAAAACAGUUGUUUGGGUUGCAAACAGAGAUAAUCCUAUCAAUGACACCACUGGGGUUCUCUCAAUCAACCCAGAUGGAAAUCUAGUCCUCCACAACAACUUUAGCACCAUUCCCAUUUGGUCUACCAAUGUUAAUUCAGGUUCAGCUAACAGCAGCACCAAUGUUAUAGCUCAGCUCUCAGAUAUAGCAAACCUUGUCCUGAUUCUGAACACCACCAAAACUAUCAUCUGGCAAAGCUUUGAUCAUCCUACAGACACCAUGCUUCCAUAUCUAAAGGUUGGUUUUGAUAGAAGAACUAACAAGAGCUUGUUCCUCCAAUCAUGGAAAACAGAUGAUGACCCUGGAAGAGGUGCUUUUACAUUGAAAUUCAGCACCAGUGGGAAACCUCAGUUGUUUGUUUACAGACAUAACUUUCCUUGGUGGCGCGGUGGAUCAUGGAACGGGGAAUUAUUGAUGGGUAUACCCAACAUGAAACGAGACAUGGCCACUUUUAAUGUGUCUUUUAUAGAAGAUGAUAACCAUGUAGAACUGUCAUAUAACAUGUUUGAUAAGUCCCUCAUCACAAGGAUAGUAGUUCAGCAAUCAGGUUUCUUUCAAACAUUCACUUGGGAUAAUCAAAAGAGUCAAUGGAACCGGUACUGGUCAGAACCAACAGAUCAAUGUGAUAACUAUGGAACCUGUGGAUCAAACAGUAACUGUGACCCUUUGAACUUUGAGGAGUUUCAGUGUAGUUGUCUACCUGGAUUUGAGCCCAAAUUCCCGCGUGAAUGGUAUGAGAAUAGAGAUGGCUCAGGAGGGUGUGUGAGGAAGCAAGGUGCAGCAUCUGUUUGUGAUGAUGGAGAAGGGUUUGUCAAAGUUGAAGGCUUGAAGGUUCCUGAUACAUCUGUGGCAAUUGAAAAAAAGGGUUUGAGUUUGGAAGAGUGUGAGCAGGAAUGCUUGAGAAACUGCUCUUGUGAAGCCUAUGCAGUUGCUGAUGUGAGGAAUGGUGGAAGUGGAUGCUUGGCAUGGCAUGGGAAUUUAAUGGACACGCAGAAACUAAGCGAUCAAGGCCAAGAUUUAUUCGUACGCGUUGAUGCAGUAGAACUAGCCAAUUACUACAAAAAAAGUAAAGGGGUGCUUGGUAAAAAGAGGAUCAUUGCAAUCCUGGUAGCUUCUGUACUUGCAAUUUUCCUUCUGGCCAGUGUGUAUUACCUGUGGAAGAUAAAAGGCAAAGAUAAAGUGAUGCGAUACUUAAACCAAAGUUCCCCUCAAGAAGAGAACGAUGUUCAGAGCAACACACAACCAAAUCUUCCCUUUUUCAGCUUUAAAAUGAUAAUGGCAGCCACAGGAAAUUUCAGCCAUCAGAAUAAGCUUGGGCAAGGUGGAUUUGGCUCUGUCUAUAAGGGCCAAUUAAUUAAUGGACAAGAGAUAGCUGUGAAAAGAUUGUCCGAAAAUUCAGGUCAAGGGACAGAAGAGUUUAAAAAUGAAGUGACACUACUUGUUAAACUCCAACAUAGAAACCUGGUGAGGUUGCUCGGUUGUUGCUGUGAAAAAGAAGAAAGGAUGCUAGUUUAUGAAUACCUACCAAACGAAAGCUUGGACUUCUUCAUUUUUGGUAAAAACCAAAGGCCAUUGGAUUGGGAUAAGUGUUUUGAAAUUAUUAUUGGGAUUGCCCGAGGUGUUCUAUAUCUUCACCAAGAUUCAAGGCUGAAAAUAAUUCACAGAGAUCUAAAAGCCAGCAAUGUUCUCCUUGAUGGUGCAAUGAAUCCCAAAAUCUCGGAUUUUGGCAUGGCUAGAAUAUUUGGAGAAGAUCAAAUUCAAGAAAGAACAAAAAGAGUGGUUGGAACAUAUGGAUAUAUGUCACCAGAAUAUGCAAUGGAAGGAAGAUAUUCAACAAAAUCUGAUGUCUUCAGUUAUGGGGUCUUACUAUUGGAGAUUAUUGCUGGCAAGAGGAACACAGAUAAUGAUCCUGGAAGAGCCUCUCCAAACUUAAUUGGAUAUGUGUGGAUGCUUUGGACAGAAGGAAGGGCCUUGGAUAUAGUUGAUUCAACACUAGGCCAGUCUUAUCCUCCUGAUGUAGUUCUGAGGUGCAUCCAAAUUGGACUCUUGUGUGUGCAAGAAAAUGCUGUCAACAGACCAUCCAUGUUAGAAGUUGUUUUCAUGCUAGGAAAUGAAACACCUCUUCGGGGACCCCAAAAGCCAGCAUUUCUAUUCAAUGGCAACCGAGAUUCGCAAGAGUCAUCAUCAGGAGGAGGAUCUUCAGUAAAUGAAAUAACAGUAACUACAAUCGAUGCUCGGUAGAACUUACGUUACCUCAAGUAUGUAGCCGGUACAUACUUUUUCAUUAAAUGUGAGUUUGGUAGCACAUUUGCAUAGGCUCCGGCUCUGCAAUUGGUUAGCAUGCUUGAGAAACACGUGUAUAUUUAUAUAUAAGUACAGCAUUCUCAUGCAUCAUAGAAUCAGUUUGCAGCACUGUGGUAUUCUAAGGUAUAUAUUUGAGUUUUGUGUG